AUGAAUUACUACAUUAUUAAAAACCGUAAUUUAACUGUUCAAGAAUACAUUUAUGAACAAAACUUUUGGUACUGCAUCUGUAAGCUAGUCUUGGGCCAAAAAAUUACCAACAAAGCCUACAUUAACCACACUGUGGCUCUGACGUUCGAUGACGUUGCUACUGACGAACCAUCCAUUAUAUCCCCCUUCAAGGAUCAAAAAAUCAUAGGUUAUAGUGAUGCUAUGGCGGCUGCAUGCGAGAGUAUAGCAACCACUUACAUGAACCACAUGAUAUUACUUGUAUUGGGCAUUGAAGCCUACUUUCCACGAAGCGGAAAAAGACCAACAAGAACAAACGUAGAAAACGAAAGCGUCGAAAAGGACAAAAACAGUAAGAAGCAAGGUAAGGGCAGAGAAAGCUGCGAAAGCGCGAGGGCGGAAAGAGUCAUAGGGGGAGUCGCAGAAGAAGGCAAAGAAACCGCAAAGCGUAUGCCAAAGGUGAGUUACAGACACCUGUACCUCGACUCUGCAUUUGUGCCAUUCACUCAAUAUGUCAUCUACAGGUACAAAGCAGAAAAUGCCAAUAGAUGGGCUGCCGCAACAUUUUCCGAUGCCCGCACCAAGCUCCCUCUGAUUGUUUUCGGUGACGGUAUGCGCAACAAAGAUAAUGUCCAUUUUAAAGGGCAUUCAUCCGGCGUCACCGGAAAUCUCUAUCGUACUCUCUUGAGAAGAAAGCGCUGCUUUCUUGCUGCGGUGGUGGACAUCAACGAGUUUAAAACCUCAAAGGUGGGUCCCAAAUUGCCAAAUCAAGUGCUCUUCUCAAGAAGUAAUGUCAUUUUCGUAGACGUCAAUGCGGCCAAAAAUAUGCAUACUAUUGCAAAUUCCGUAUGGGAACACAAUGGCCGGCCCGACCAUCGCCAUAACGAAAAUGGUGCUGCAGGUUCUAUAGCGACGGCUUAAAAUUUUUUACGCGUUUAGGUGAGUUCAUCUUGUGAAAUUUCUCACUGUACAUUUCUGGGGUUUUAUUAACUGUUGUUUG